AUGACCCGACUCUUCUUGACCCUCUCGCUCCUGGCCUCCGCCGCCAUUGGAGCCCUCGCUGCCGAUUCCGACCUGGGCAUCGAAGUGACCCUCCCCGUCGAAUGUGACCGCAAGACCCAGAGCGGCGACAAGAUCUUCGUCCACUACCGUGGCACCCUGACGGACGGCAAGAAGUUCGAUGCCAGCUACGACCGUGGUACACCCUUCAGCUUCAAGCUAGGAGGCGGCCAGGUGAUCAAAGGAUGGGAUCAAGGCUUGCUUGACAUGUGUAUCGGAGAGAAGAGGACUCUCACUGUGCCCCCUAAUCUAGGCUAUGGAAAUCGUGGCAUGGGUCCCAUCCCUGCCGGCUCUACUCUGAUAUUCGAGACAGAGCUGAUGGGUAUCGAUGGUGUGCCCAAGCCCGAGAAGAUCGUGACCAAGGAGACGACAGCCGCCGACAGCCCCAGCUCCACCAUCAGUGCUGCCGCUGAGGAAGCCUCGGCGAAGAUUGCCGAGAAGAUCGCGAGCAAGGUGGGCGAGGCGGCCGAUGUGGUCAAGACCCUCAUCCAGGACACUGAUGACGUGCAGGAGCAUAACGAGCUCUGA